UCAUUUCCAAUUUGUACGGCCAAAUGUGGAGUUCAAUACGAUGGGCUGCUGCUGCAACUGUUCAAAUUUCGCUAAAAAGGUGUGGUCCUUUAGCGGCGUGCUCGUUAUUUUUGGGUUAGCAGCGUUUUUCGGAUUCGGACUGCCGGCGAUUGUGGAAACUGUUGCUCGUAAAGAGUUUAUAAUGGAACCGGGGACUCAAGUUUACGAGAAUUGGCUGUCAUCGGAGGUGCCUAAGUAUUUGGAUAUAUAUUUCUGGGAUUGGGUGAACCCCGAUGAUAUAACAAAUCGGAAUAUUCGCCCGAAGUUUGAAGAGAAAGGCCCUUAUGUCUUUCUGGAAGACCAUGAAAGACAUGACAUUGAAUUCAACACGGAUCACACAAUUAGUUUUCGUCAAAAGCGUACCUGGACUUAUAUACCAGAACAAUCUAGAGGAGAUUUUUAUAAGGAUACCAUAACCACUCCACAAACCAUUCUUAUGACGUUGGGUAGAGCGCUCGAAACAGCGGAUGCAACAAUUGUUAAAACUAUCGAUACCAUUAUAUUAAAAAACGAUUUACUCGAUGCUGGAAUCACUUACAAAGAUGUGCUAGUGCGUGAUAUCCUGUUUGACGGUGUUCAUGAUGAAUUGCUUAUUGCAUUGCAAACUCUCGCUGCGCUUUUACCAGAUCUAGGCUUUCAAGUACCACCAUGGGAAGGAUUCGCCUACUUUACGGGUAGAAACACCAGCGUGGAAUAUGAUGGCCUGUUUCGAAUUGGUUCCGGAACAAAUGACUGGACAGAUUCUGGACUGCUGAAAACUUGGAACGGUUUAACGCGGGUUCCAUUCUUCCGUGAUUCGUGUGGAACGGUUCACGGUUCUACUGGUCAGGUAAAUCCACCAUUGACCAGUGAACAGAUCAGCAAUCCAGAAGACUUUACUUUAUUCAUCACCGAUGUUUGUAGUGCUUUCAAUCUGAAGUUUAGUGAAGAUAUUGAAUACGGUGGAGUAGAUGGAAGAGUUUGGAUUGGUGACAACCGUAUUUUCGACAAUGGGCAUAAUUUUCCUGAAACGAAAUGUCAAUGUACCGCACCAACAGAGCAAUGUCCCACUUUAAAGAGCGGCGUACUUGAUAUAUCUGAUUGCAAAUCAGGUGCUCCAUUAUUGGCAAGUUUUCCGCAUUUUUAUCUGGCCGAUUCUAGUUAUCAGGAUGCUUUGGAUGGGUUGGAUGCUACUCGCGAAAAGCAUGAAUUCCAAUACAUAAUGCAUCCAUUCUCCGGAAUACCACUUGAGGUUAACGGUAGAUUACAAUAUAAUAUACACAUUAAAGAUUAUGGGUUAAAUGUCACCGACGGUUUACCGGAUAUUCUGUUGCCAGUGUUUUGGGUUAAUCAAAGAGUAGUGCUCACACAAGACAAAAUUGACGAUUUAAAAGUAAUCGACACUGUUCGUUCAGUAGGAAUCUAUACGGGUUUUGCGCUGCUGGGUGUUGGCAUUGUAGCCUUGGGAAUAGCUCUGUAUUAUUCUAUUUUUGUAUGGAAGAAAUAAUCAGCGCAAACUAUUAUUUGGCAAAUAAAGCCAAACAGAGCCUUUAUUGGAAACUGAUUUUGUUAAAAAGUACGCGAUUUCCUGUUAAAAUAGUUAUUGUUUGCAGAGUGUACCGAACAGUUUAGACUAAGUUGGAAACGCUUUAAAACUUUUGUUGGUAAUAAAAAUGCACAUUUGAUUUUGGAGU